AUGGUUCAACUUAUGAUUGGUCUCCUGCUCCUCCUUCUCCCCGUCCUGCUGUACUUGGCUGCGCCCCGAAUCAGGAAAAUGCUGUCGAGUGGGGUCUGUACAUCAACUGUUCAGCUUCCUGGGAAGGUAGUUGUGGUCACUGGAGCUAACACAGGCAUCGGGAAGGAGACAGCCAAAGAACUGGCUCAAAGAGGAGCCCGCGUAUAUUUAGCUUGCCGGGAUGUGCAAAAGGGGGAAUUGGUGGCCCGAGAGAUCCAGACCGUGACAGGCAACGAGCAGGUGUUGGUGAGGAAACUGGACCUGGCUGAUACUAAGUCAAUUCGAGCCUUUGCUAAGGGCUUCUUAGAAGAGGAAAAACACCUCCACAUCUUGAUCAACAAUGCGGGUGUGAUGAUGUGUCCCUACUCUAAGACAGCAGAUGGCUUUGAGAUGCACAUGGGAGUCAACCACUUGGGCUCUGGCGUUACAACGUUCUCUGUACACCCUGGCACAGUCCACUCUGAAUUGACUCGGCACUCAUCUUUUAUGAGAUGGAUAUGGCGGCUUUUUUCCUUCUUCAUCAAGACUCCUCAACAGGGAGCCCAGACCAGCCUAUACUGUGCCUUAACAGAAGGUCUUGAGCUUCUAAGUGGGACUCAUUUCAGUGACUGCCAUGUGGCAUGGGUCUCUGCCCAGGCUCGUAAUGAGACAAUAGCAAGGCGGCUGUGGGAUGUCAGCUGUGACCUGCUGGGCCUCCCAAUGGAUUGACAGGUAGUAGCAACUGGACCCAAAAUUAGAUUGCAGCAGACUUCGGAGUACUUCUUGCCAAAAUGGUUCUCCUUCGAGGUGGCCAAAACAUUGAGCACAAAGAGAGCGAAACCUUCCGGCCUUGCCUGCUUUUGUCCAGAUAAACCCAGUACACCGCCA